AUGGAAUGGUGCCAACCAGCGGGGCUGAGCAUGGCGCUGGGCGCUGUCCUGGCUCGAGGACGGGCGGUGUGUAGACGCAACGGGCUCCUCAUCCUGUCUGUGCUGUCUGUCAUCGUGGGCUGCCUCCUCGGCUUCUUCCUCAGGACCCAGCGCCUCUCGCCACAGGAGAUUAGUUACCUCCAGUUCCCCGGAGAACUGUUGAUGAGGAUGCUGAAGAUGCUAAUCCUGCCACUGGUGGUCUCCAGCUUGAUGUCCGGCCUUGCCUCGCUGGAUGCCAAGACCUCCAGCCGCUUGGGCAUCCUCACUGUGGCAUACUACCUGUGGACAACCUUUCUGGCUGUUGUCGUGGGCAUCAUCAUGGUCUCCGUUAUCCACCCUGGCGGUGCGGCGCAGAAGGAAAUGACCGAGCAGAGCGGGAAGCCCGUCAUGAGCUCAGCCGAUGCCCUGCUGGACCUUGUCCGGAACAUGUUCCCGGCCAACCUGGUAGAGGCCACAUUCAAACAGUACCGCACCAAGACCACUCCUGUUAUCAAGUCUCCAAAGGGGACUCCAGCGGAGGCCUCGCCUCAACGGAUCCUCAUCUAUGGGGUCCAGGAAGACAACGGCUCCCGCGUGCAGAACUUCGCCCUGGACCUGACUCCCCCGCCUGAGAUUGUCUAUAAGUCAGAGCCGGGCACCAGCGAUGGCAUGAAUGUGCUAGGCAUUGUCAUCUUCUCGGCCACCAUGGGCAUCAUGCUGGGUCGCAUGGGUGAGAGCGGGACGCCCCUGGUCAGCUUCUGCCAGUGCCUCAAUGAGUCUGUCAUGAAGAUUGUGGCAGUUGCGGGAUGGUACUUCCCCUUUGGCAUUGUCUUCCUGAUCGCCGGAAAGAUCCUGGAGAUGGAUGACCCCAAGGCCGUGGGGAAGAAGCUGGGCUUCUAUGCCUUGACCGUGGUAUGCGGGUUGGUGGUCCAUGGCCUCCUCAUCCUGCCCCUCCUCUACUUCCUCAUCACCAGGAAGAACCCCAUCGUCUUCAUCCGUGGAGUCCUCCAAGCUCUGCUGAUUGCAUUGGCCACCUCCUCCAGCUCAGCCACCCUGCCCAUCACCUUCAAGUGCCUCCUGGAGAACAACCACAUCGACCGGCGCAUAGCUCGCUUCGUGCUGCCUGUGGGUGCCACCAUCAACAUGGACGGCACCGCGCUCUAUGAGGCUGUGGCUGCCAUCUUUAUUGCCCAGGUCAACAAUUAUGAGCUCGACUUCGGCCAGAUCAUCACUAUCAGCAUCACAGCCACCGCAGCCAGCAUCGGGGCGGCUGGCAUCCCCCAGGCUGGGCUUGUCACCAUGGUCAUUGUGCUUACCUCUGUGGGACUACCCACCGACGACAUCAACCUCAUCAUUGCCGUGGACUGGGCCCUGGACCGCUUCCGUACCAUGAUUAACGUGCUGGGCGACGCACUGGCAGCAGGGAUCAUGGCCCACAUCUGCCGGAAGGAUUUUGCUCAGGACACGGGCGCUGAGAAACUGCUACCCUGCGAGACCAAGCCAGUGACACUGCAGGAGAUCGUGGCCGCCCAGCAGAACGGCUGUGUGAAGAGUGUGGCCGAGGCCUCGGAACUAACCCUCGGCCCCAUGUGCCCCCACCACAUCCCAGUCCAGGUAGAGCAGGAGGAGGAACUGGCCACGGCCAGCCUAGACCACUGCACCAUUGAGAUCAGCGAGCUGGAGACCAAUGUGUGAGCUCCUAGGGCUGCAGAGCCAGGCCAUACCCCGGGGUUUGGGCUAAGGCGCUGAACUCAAAAUACA